AUGGAUUUCACGAACAUCUUCCGUCUUGUCAACAUCGCCGUGGGUGUGUUCAUGGUGCUGGGAGGUAUCAGCAACUUCUUCCCCCCAUCAUGGAGUGGCAUCAUCCUGGGCGUCUAUGUGAUCCUCUUCGGUCUUGUUGUUGGUGGACUCGAGUUCCUCCCUAACGUUCCGGACCACGCUUACCGCUAUGCGUCCUUCCUCUUCUCCUUCCUGGGCCGUGGCAUUUUCUACAUCUUCAUCGGCUCCAUCCUGCUGAACAACGGCGUCCUGCGCAUCAUUGCCGGCUCCCUGAUCGGCCUCAUUGGUCUGGGAUAUGUCGCUCUCGAGUUCAUUCCCUCCAUCGAGCCCCCUUCCAACAUGCGCGAGUCUGAUCAGGGUUGGGGUGCUGAGCAGGUCUAA